UCUCUCUCUCUCUCUCUUAUAAAGUGCAACAGGAAGAAAGAAAGGCAAAUUGAUGGAAAAUGAAACACGUAGAAUCGGGCUGGAAAGUUUGCAUUUUGAAUGUUUGCCUUCGAUGCUCUUCAUAAAAAAGGAGUCAACGUAUUUUCUACUUGACCACAACAUGGUCUCCCUCUUUGUUUUCUUGGUCUGUUUUAUGUUCUUUUUUGGUAACAAGUAUGAUUUAUGUUCUUGUGUUCCCUAUUCUGCCAAGGAUUAAAUUACUAUGGCAUAGUUUUGGCAUGAAUUUUUAUACUAUAACUUACUACUCUAUAAGAUAUAUAUAUACACAAUAUGAUUCAUCUCAGGUGGCAUAACAAAUAGCGUGAGCUAGGUAACAUAACCGAAUAACUGAAUUAAGGAACGAAUCUUUCAUAGCUUUUCUGCUUUUUUUUUUUCAAUGCACAAACUAAAAGAAAAAUAAAAAUUAAAGUAUUUUGUAAAAAAUACCCAAUAGGUCUCUGAACUUCCUCAUGAAGAUUCCCAAAAGCUUGAUACUAGAAUCCUACUCAGAGAGAAAUAACAACCCACUUUGUCACGCUUAUAAAUUCAACCAAGAAAGACCAAAACAAUUCCCCUUCUCCUUUUCUUUUCUUCAUUCCCCUGCACCUCGCAAUCAUUGGGGUUGUAAAAUCUUUCUUGAUUCUUUCUUUCUUCCUUCAAGAAAGAUUCAGAUUCAAAGAGACACCCAAUAUAUAUAUAUAUAUAUAGAGAGAGAGAGAGAGAGAGAGAGGUUUCGACGAGUACUGAAUGAAAAAAUGGCUCAAGAAAGAAUGGUAGACCAUAACUAUGUUAUGGCAGUGGUAGUGAUUCUUGUUUUCAUGACAAAGAUGUCAGGUGGAGGUUCGAGUGGUACUGUGGGAGUGAACUGGGGAACCAUGGCAACCCACCAACUUCCACCGGAGAAGGUGGUUCAAAUGCUGAUGGAUAAUGGGUUCCGAAAGUUGAAGUUGUUUGAGGCUGAUGAAAGGAUAUUGGGGGCUCUGAUUGGGACUCCUAUUGAGGUCAUGCUGGCUGUACCCAAUUCCAUGUUGCAAGAAAUGAGUGAGGAUCCUGUGGCUGCUGCUUCCUGGGUUGAUGCCAAUGUCACCAGCUAUAGCUACACUGGUGGAGUCAAUGUCAAGUAUGUGGCUGUAGGCAAUGAGCCCUUCCUUGAAUCAUACAAUGGCUCUUAUCUUCAAUCAACAUUACCAGCCCUCAAGAACAUUCAGCAAGCACUAAACGAUGCACAUCUUGGCUCUCGGGUGAAGGCCACUGUCCCUUUCAAUGCUGACAUCUACAAUUCCCCUGACUGGAACUUGGUUCCUUCCGCUGGCGAUUUCAGGCCUGAAGUCCGAGACAUCACAAUCGAGAUAAUCCAAUAUCUCCAUACCAAUGAAGCUCCAUUUACAGUCAACAUCUAUCCCUUUCUCAGUCUCUAUGGCAAUGACUAUUUUCCUGUUGAAUAUGCAUUCUUUGAUGGAAAAAGCAAGCCCCUUAAAGAUGGUGAUCGAGUUUACACCAAUGCUUUCGAUGCAAAUUAUGACACCCUCGUUGCAGCUCUAAAUAGAGCAGGAUUCCCCGAUAUUCGAAUCAUUGUUGGAGAAGUUGGUUGGCCAACUGAUGGUGAUAAACAUGCCAAUGUUCAAUACGCAAAGAGGUUCAAUCAGGGAAUGGUUAGGCGUGCUUUGAGUGGGAAUGGAACACCAGCUAGAAAAGGCCAAAUUGAAGUCUAUCUGUUUAGUCUUAUUGAUGAGAAUGCUAAGCUCAUAUCUCCUGGAAAUUUUGAGAGGCAUUGGGGGAUAUUUGAAUAUGAUGGGAAGCCAAAAUAUGAAUUGGAUUUGUCAGGUAGUAGAGAAGAUAAGGGCCUGGUUCCAGCAGAUGAUGUAAAAUAUUUGCUGAGAAGGUGGUGUGUUUUGAACCCAGAUGUGAAAGACUUGGAUGAUUUACCGGAUAGUAUAGACUAUGCUUGUAGCCAAUCAGAUUGUACUGCUUUGGGUUUUGGGUCUUCUUGUAAUAAUCUCAGUGUUGAAGGGAAUGCUUCUUAUGCUUUCAACAUGUAUUACCAACUCAAUGACCAGAAGAGCUGGAACUGUGAUUUCUCUGGUUUGGCAAUGGUGACAGAUGACGAUCCUUCUGUUGGAGACUGCCAGUUCCCAAUUAUGAUCUCUCAUGGCUUUCCAAUACUGCUGGCUAAUAAUGGAGUAUUGGACUUGGUUAUGAAUAUCGUUUUGGGAUGUAUUUUGUUUAUGAUUCUAUUAUGAUUGAUAAGCUUAGCCGGUUUUUGUUGUCUCAUAAUCAAUUAGCUGCUCGUUGCCGAUUCUUUUUGUUUUUUUCAUUCUUCUCUGUUUUUUUUUUUUUUUUUUUUUUUUUGGUGGUAAAAAUUUUCUUCUUUCUUCUUGUGAAGCAUUCAUGUUGAGAAUCUGAAUAAUAUGUCCAGAGGUUUCAACUGCAUUUUGUGAACAAACUUGCACCCCCUGAGAACCAAAUCUUAGAACAUUGUAAUUGUAAGAAUUAAUGCAACAAGUUCUUAAUUGGCAAGCUCCA